AUCAUCUUGUACCUCAGCGUAAGAAAAAUGUUGUGCGACUCUUCAGCAUGUGAAGAAAGGGUCUUGCGACACAAAGAAGAUGCGGCUCUUUCAAGGUUGACUCGCGUACGAUGAACGUCAUCGCUGGGGAAAGCAACAUUUCGAACAUGACCACCGCACUUGAUUCUUUCUAUCAUCGGAAUAAGACAUCAAUAUGGGAGAACACAAAGAUGAAGCCUUCCCGUGGGACUUGGGUGUUUUUGAUGCCCAUUGUCACCCGACAGACACUGUUGCCAACAUCAGCUCUAUCCCGGACAUGCACGCCAGAAUUCUGACAAUCAUGGCCACACGUGCUCAGGACCAAGAACUAGUAGCUGAGACCGCCGACAAGCUGGGUGUUAAAAGCAAGUCGCAAGAAGAUUGGAGCAAGGAGCAGAAAGUGAUACCCUGUUUCGGCUGGCACCCUUGGUUCUCCCACCAGAUGUUCGACGAAGAAACCUACCCAGAUACCACCACUCUUACACCCGACCAGAAGGUCGAACACUACCAGUCCGCUCUGACGCCCAAGCCCGAGGAUCGCGACUUCCUCUUGCGCCUGCCAGAUCCUCGCCCAUUCUCCGUCUUCCUGUCAGAAACGCGCAAAUAUCUCGAGAAGUACCCACUUGCUUUGAUCGGCGAAGUAGGCCUGGACAAACAAUUCCGCAUCCCUGAGGCCUGGCUUCCUGGCCAGAAGACAGAAAGAGAUGAAGCCUUGACACCAGGUGGUCGGGAAGGCAGAACCCUCUCACCUUACCGCGUCUCCAUGGAUCACCAGAAGAAGGUUCUGCUCGCUCAGUUACACCUGGCUGGGGAGCUCGGUCGCGCAACCUCCAUCCACGGCGUUCAGGCCCAUGGCGUCGUCUUCAACACACUCCAACAAACCUGGAAAGGACAUGAGAGAAAAGUCCCCAGCAAACGAGAACGCCGGAAACAGGAAGCCAAUGCACAACAUCAAGCCACUGAACAUAAGGACGAGCAAGUGGGUGAAGAAAGAAAACCAACACCUUAUCCCCCACGCAUAUGUCUCCACUCCUACUCCGGACCAGCAGAAACAGUGAAACAAUACUUGGACCCACGCAUCCCAGCCAAAAUCUUCUUUUCCUUCUCUUCCGUGAUUAAUUUUUCACAUGCCGGGGUGGAGAAGACUGAAGAGGCUGUCAAGGCCGUGCCCGAUGAUAGGAUUCUGAUUGAGAGCGACUUACACACUGCAGGCGAGAGAAUGGAUGGGUAUCUGGAGGAGAUUGUCAGGAAGCUGUGUGAGAUCAAAGGCUGGAGCUUGGAAGAGGGAGUCAAGCAAUUGGCGUCGAAUUGGAAGAAUUUCGUUUUUGGUGAUGAUGCUUGAGUAGCGCAAAGCAAAGAAGCAAUGAAUCUACGGCUGAUGAAUUAGCGAGGCCGCGAAUUGAGACAUUAAUCCCAAUUCAGAAGAGACAUUUUCAGUGUUAUAAUGGAUCACGAAGAUUCUACAACAUCUCGCUUCCAAGACAUCCAACACCUGAGAUGUCUCGUGUAGUUGCUCCAACACGUUAAGAGCAGAAGCGGUUGCUCAAAGUCAAGUCAAUCAUCUCCAACCUUCACACCCUCCUUCCCUGACCGAUCAUCAAUCACCUAAUUACCCUUCUGUCGCGACUCAAUGCCAAAGUCAACCGAUCUACCGACGAGGCCAUCACCAAAUCCUCGCCAACAUCGUCAUCAACCCUAUCCAUCUGCUCAGCCAAGAAGCGGCCGACAAGCUCAUCCACCUUUCUCCAAUGUUCAUCGAAUCUACGACGGGUCAGCGGCUCCAUCGCCCUCGACCCAAAAUCUACAACUCUACAGCCC